UUGGAUGCUACAUAAGUAAAUACAUUUUCAUCACAGUUGGUGUGGCCAAAUUAUGAAGCAGUUAUCGUCAAUGUAAUGCAUUCACAAUAACGUUUCAGUGAGUGCUGUAACAGCACAGCUUUAUUUGCCAUCUUACAUAUUUAGAGUUUCCAUCUAGUUGAGUUCAUUCCAAACUCACAGCAAUGCAAUCUUAGCAUCCUGAUACAAUUUUGGGCCCCAUUUAACUUAAAAGCAAAUCAGGUUAUGCUGUGUCCCAGUAAUAGGACGCAUACAAAAAUAGUCCCAUCUAUAGGACUAAUUAAGGCCUCGCACACGAUUUCAUAUUUCACGGGAAUGUGAUCAGAUGAGUGUCAAAUUUCUCAAAAUCCACGAACCAAUAAGAACACAUUUCAUUCCCUGAGUUAUGUCAGAGUCAUAAGCAUUUGCUAAGUAAAAAAAAAAAAAAUCCCUCCUCAGAUCUCAGUCAUUGCAAAAGAAUGUAUGCAUGCAGACGGUAAAGGACUUGCUCGCCCACACAUUGGGAUGGAAAGCGGAUGGUUCCUUCGAGCUGUUUUCGUCUUACCAUGGCUCGGUUUCUCCAAGACACAACACACACCUGGACCAGGUGUGUCCUGCCUCCGAUCGAGUCCAGCCGACGGACACACGCUUCUCACCUUUCUGAGCCACGGCGCCAACGGUGCGCGCUUCUUGUAUCUCACCAAAUGGUCUGACGACCUGCGGCUGGCAGGCUGCGAAAUCUAUUCAAAUCCAGAUGUUGCCGCAGGAUAUCGGGCCUUCUGCGACAGGAAUGAGACCUGGGAUCAAGAACUUGUAAAGAAGUUUAGCAUCAGUCUGUUGCUGUUCCCGGAUGCUCCGUGCGCACUCGUACGUUCCGUGGUUCCCACACCGGAGCUCACCGGGCGGAGAAGGACUGAUGAGACAGAGAGGAAAACCCGGAGGAAACGAUCCUGGAUAUUCCCAGGCACGUUGUGGUGUGGCACUGGAAGCAAAGCGGCCGGAUACGAACAAUUGGGCAUGUUCGAGAGAGCAGAUAAGUGUUGCCGUGAACACGACCACUGCUCAGACAUCAUCCCAGCUUUCACAGUGAAUUAUGGAGUCUUCAACCCCAAUUUCUUCACAGUCUCACACUGCGAGUGUGACCAAAGGUUUCGACAGUGCCUUCUGGGCAUGAACGACAGCAUUUCAAGUAUGGUGGGCUACAGCUUCUUCAACAUCCUGAAGGUUCCCUGCUUUGAGCUGAAGCAGCUGAAGCACUGCACACAGAUGUACUGGUGGGGGAUGUGCAAAAAGGCCAGUGAGGCUCCUUAUGCCGUCUUCAAAAGCCCCCAACCUUUCAAUAGCUCUGAUGUUAUAGGCAAACAUGUUCACACAGACGGCAAGAAUUUAACAAGCAGUAAAGAUCAGCAUUUAUCUCAGAGGCCUGCGUCUAACCCUCAGAGGAAGGCGUCGCAAUCUAAACAUAGAUGUGGCCUCAGAGACCCACCUAGAGGAGAUACAUUUCACCGCAGAAGGACAAAGGCGAAUGGAUGCAAAAGGCAAGAAAAGCUCUCUGGAGAAGGACCUUCACAAAAGCCCAAAACAGUCAAGAAGGUACAUAUUUCUACAAGGAAAAGAGGCGACAAAAUGAAGAAAAGGAGAAAGGAUUUUUCUGAUGGUGCACAGAAAAGCAACAUUCCACCAGCCAUCCCUGCAACUACCUCGACACAAAUAUCACCUAAAGCGAUACCUUUGCAUUUUCCAGCAUUAACAAGGAGGCUGAAUUUUCAGGAAGACUCAACAAAUGUCAAAGGAGUAACCAAACAAGCAAAAGAUAAAAAGAAAGCCCCAAAGCACGGUAAAUGCUGUGGAUCCAGCAUGUCUGUGAGUGGGGACAUUCCUCGGCUGCACUGUAAAAUCUGUGUAAAACAAACAGUAACUCCCACAACAACCGUUACGCCGACAAAUACAUAUGCAGGGGGAUUGACAGUCAAUCAUAAGAGAACACGUUUGAAAUAUAAAGCAGGAACACCCAGCCAGGAAACUCUAGCAACUGUUUGGAGUGCAGCUACGGUUGCAACCCCCAUUACAAGAGAACAAAAGAUGAUGGCCUCUCUUCAUAAAAAGGACAAACCACAAAAGCAGUUGGAUUUCCAUGUAUUGUGGAAGCAGGCAGGUCAGCAGCCCUUGGGUCAUACUACCACCCAAAGGAUCCGUGCAGAGAACGUCCUGGUAAAAAACGAUGAGAAACGUAAUAUGACAGAUAAUGAGCUCCUGUGCCGAAGCCUCAAACAUCUGGAUGAUUGUAAAUUUAAAAUUCCACCUUUGGCGAAGAAAUAUAAUCUGACAAACAUGAAGUCCAAGACAGCCUAUCACUGUGACUGCACAAGCCGUUUGGCAGUUCAAAUCAAAAAUGUAAAGAAACCAAGUCCUCCUCGCUCUCUCUUGAGGGAAUUUGUCUCUCAAGACUGCUUUACUCUGCCAAAGGAGAAUAAAUGUAAUCGCACGAAGAGAUGUUCUGGAGGUUUCACUAAGGCCUCUGAACUACAUCAAGCACUUAGGAAGAGAGAAGAAGAAAAAGACUCUGCUGCGAUGAGAUUUUCAACCAGUGGCAGGAAAAAAAGGAUUCCUCUCCGUCUUCAUAAGUAUUGCCUAAGGCUGCAGAUGAGAGCGGAUAUCAUGGCACAGCUCAAAUGAAUAUAGACUGAGCUGUGUGCGGUAACUAGGCUGCUUAAGAGCUUCAUCAUGUUUCAUAGAGAACUAUUUUUUGAAGAUCAUUUCAUCUUCCACUACCAAAAGAAACAAGUUUUGACAUGAA